CUCAUAUCCGUGUUGCACCCUCUAGUGCAACAGGAAAAUAAAGACUGAAAACAAAGGAGAGCUGACAGAGAGCAGCUCACGCAUUAACCCUUUGUUCAAGUUAGAGAUGGAGAAUGAAGCGGAUGUCUUUUAUCGGGAGCUGCCAAAAGUGGAGCUUCACGCACACCUGAACGGCUCCGUCAGCGUCACCACCAUCGAGAAACUCAUCAGCCGAAAACCGCAUCUCAACAUCGAGCAUGGCAUGACUGCUAUCGGGAAAGGCCAGCGGAGGACCCUGGAUGAGUGUUUUCAAGUCUUCAAGGUCAUCCAUCAGCUGGUGGACACAGAGGAGGACAUCCUGAUGGUGGCCACAGAUGUUAUCAGGGAGUUUGCGGCUGAUGGUGUUAAAUACUUAGAGCUGAGGAGCACACCAAGGGAGGAGAAAGGAACAGGAUUGACAAAAAAGAGUUAUGUUGAAACUGUCAUCAAAGCCAUCAAACAGUGUAAAAGUGAGGGAUUGGACAUUGAUGUCAGGUUUUUGGUGGCAAUUGACCGCAGGAAUGGGCCUGAAGUUGCCAUGGAGACGGUGAAGCUAGCUGAGGAGUUCAUGCUGUCUUCUGACGGUUUGGUGUUGGGACUUGACCUCAGUGGAGAUCCAAUGGUUGGCCAUGGCAAAGAUUUACUUCCUGCUCUGCAGAGGGCCAAGAACUGUGGACUGAAGUUGUCACUGCACCUCUCAGAAGUACCAUCACAGCUGGAGGAGUCAGAUUUGCUGUUGAAUCUUCGUCCAGACAGGAUCGGUCACGGCACCUUCUUGCAUCCUGAAGUGGGUGGAUCUCAAGGUCUUGUUGACAAAGUGGUGACGAACAACAUACCGCUGGAGCUUUGCCUGACAUCAAACGUCAAAGGACAGACUGUACCAUGUUACGCCAAACAUCAUUUCAAGUACUGGUACCAGAUGGGGCAUCCUUGUGUGAUUUGUACUGAUGAUAAGGGCGUCUUCAGUACAGACUUGUCUCAAGAAUAUCAGCUGGCAGCUUCAACGUUUGGUCUCAGUCGUGAGGACUUAUGGAAACUCUCCGAGCAGGCCAUAGACUGUAUCUUUGCACCAGACACCGUGAAACAGCAUCUCAAACAGAAGUGGGUUGCUAUAAAGCCUCAGGUGUUUAAGUGA